UCACUGGGAGAUCGGCUGGUUUGUUCUGUAUCACAGAUUUUUCAUUAGCACCAUCAUCUUGCACCGUGGACAUGGAGGCUCAGAGAAAGAGCAAUGGAUCGAAUGCGAUUUUUAUUCACAAACAUCAUUUAUGUUUACAUGAUUUGAAAAUGCACAAUCAGCAUUUGAGGAACAUCUAUCUUCUAAAAACAAACAUCCCUGAAUACCCUCAACCCGAGUUUCACGUGUCCAAUCUGAAACACGACACACAGCAAGGAGGCUUACUGAGGAUCUGGAAGGACGAAGGCUUCAAGGAUCCUCACGGAGGCCUGAAGGAUGCAGACGGCCUGUCCCUGGUGUGGUGGAGUCUGGCUGUGGGUCCCCAGGAGAUCCAGUCUGCUGAGACCAGGCUCCUGGACAGGUUCUACCCAAACCGGAUAGAGAAGCAGGCUGAACAGAAGCCGAGCUACCUGGACGAGAUCUACCCAGACCUGAACAAGCAGAAGAGCUUCCUCUGGAAGUUUGCCACCUCUCCGGCUUUCGCAGAGAAGUCCAGGUUUGGAUCGUACCGCUUCACCUUCCCCCUGCACGAAGUGGUGACCACCUACAGCCAGCAGUUUUGCUCCGGAGCUCCGCCCAUGAUAAAGGUGUUCAAGACCGCCCUCUACAAUCAGGAAGUGCAGUACUCUGUGCUGGUCCACAGCCCGGCCAGAGAGAAGCUCUUCUCAGAGUAUCCUUCGCUUGCUUAUGAUGACCCGAACGCCGUCUUCACUUACAGAGACGGACACUUCAUCUGGAGGUCACAGGCCAUGUGCGAGACACACAGUUGGAAAUUGACCCAAAAACCUGACAAAAACCAGAUGGAAGCUGAUGGUCUACAUCCUUUUCAACGUCAGUUUUAUGUUUGGGAUAAUGUCGCCAUCGCCCUGCACAUGGAUCAUGGACAGGUGCUGAAGUUUGACUGUGAUCGACUGAGAGCAAACCUCACGUACUGUGAGAAACCUGAAGAGGAUGUUCUAACAAAGCUUUCGUUGAGUGAGAAACCUGAAGAGAGUGCUGCACCUGGAAUCCAGUAUGACAGUUUUGAAAAUGCUAAAUCACUGGUUGGACAUUUGUGGCCUGACGCAGGCUUCCCGCUGGGGAAGGAGCCUUCACUCAGCCUUGUUUUCUAAGAUUACACACAACAUCCACGAGCAGGAAGUCCUCAUCAAUAGUUCCUGU